ACUGCAGAGCCAAUCAACAAAUAUAUCUUAACGCUUCUUUCUCUCUCUCAUCUUCUGUUUCAUUUUCGUUUUUUGCGCAUUUUUGGGAGGGGAGGGUCUCUCUCUCUCUCUCUCACACUUCUUUAUCAGACGAACCAACCCUCAAUUUCUUAUUUGCACUCAUGGUUCUUCUGAUGCCUCACCUGGGAAUGAGAAUUUCUCGAAGUCUCAAGGUUUGGAAAAUGGGCACUGUCAACUACUUGGAGGCACUCAAGCUUCAAGACAAGCUGGUCUCAGACAGAAAAACCCGUAAGAUUUCUGAUACUAUUUUGUCCCUACAACAUCCACCUACAUAUACGCUUGGCAAACAGAGAACCGAUCACAAUUUACUAGUCCCUGAACCUGACCUAAAAAACAUAGGAGCCGAACUUCACUACACACCGAGGGGCGGAGACAUUACAUUCCACGGUCCACAUCAAGCUAUCUUAUAUCCCAUUAUAUCUCUUCGGGAUAUAGGACUUGGUGCAAGGAAAUAUGUGGAGAAACUCGAGUUAACUAUGAUUGAAUUUUCAUCAUUAUAUGGUGUGAAAGCUCGUGCUGGACAAACGGGCGAAACGGGUGUGUGGGUAGGUGACAGAAAGAUUGGCGCAAUCGGAGUUCGAAUUUCGUCUGGGAUUACCUCUCAUGGCUUGGCAUUUAACAUUGAUCCGGAUUUAAGCUACUUCAAGCAUAUUGUGCCUUGUGGGAUUGCAGACAAGGAUGUUACAUCUUUGAGAAGAGAGACAGAUAAGGUACUUCUUGCUGAAGAUGUGAUUCAUAAGCAGUUGAUUUCUUGUUUUGCUAGAGUAUUUGGUUUUAGUGAUAUUAUUUGGAAAGACAUUAAUGCAUCAAACUUGUCAGAUCACCAAAGUAUUGAAUGAAUGUGUGGCAAAUUUAUGACAAAAACAUAGACCUGUCACAUCUAUAAUUCAUUUGCAGUUAUUUUGUUGUUGCUUUUCUUCUUUAAUUGUUUUUCUUCUAUAACAACUUUGGGUGAUCAGAGAAAUGUAAUAAAAGUUGAGUGUAUUUAAUACAA